AUCAAAAUUGAUUCUUGAGUGCAAUAGUGUUUGCUUUAUUGGCUCAGAAUUUCAGCAGACAAAGGAGGGAGAGAAGAGAAGUCACCAACACAAAAACUCUCUCUUGAUUCCUUUAAAUAUCACUUUCCUCGCCUUCUCAAUUUUUGGAAAAAACAGACAUACAAAACUGAACAGAAUCCCAGGGUUUUGUAGGAAGAGCUUCAGGUUUGAGUAUGAAGAAGAUUUCCAAGAACAGCUGCAAGUCUGCAUCACACAGGCUUUUUAAGGACAAGGCAAAGAACCGUGUUGAUGACUUGCAGCUGAUGUUUCUGGAUUUGCAGUUUGCAAGGAAGGAGAGCCGGACUGUCGAUGCUGCAGUCCUUGAGGAACAAGUCCAUCAGAUGCUUCGUGAGUGGAAGGCCGAACUCAAUGAGCCGUCUCCUGCUUCUUCUUUGCAGCAAGGUGGAAGUCUGGGAUCAUUCUCCACCGAUAUCUGUCGGCUUUUGCAGCUCUGUGAGGAGGAAGAUGAUGCCUCUAGUCCUUUAGUUGCACCUAAGCCUGAACCUAAUGACCAGGCUCUGCAGGCUGAGGGUAAGGUCAUUUUUCAAGAGGGCCAACAGCAACAUAAUUUCCCGUUGCUUGAUGAACGCAAACAUUCGACAUCUGGAGUUCAAAACGUGGCAGCUAGCAACCAGGAGGGGCCUGCUUUAGAAUAUCAUCAGUUUGAUUUACAUCAGGACUUCGAUCACAGCUUAUAUACUGGUUUCAAUGGUACAGGUUACUGUGAGGAGGAUGCUAUUCCUCAUAUAUCUAGCUAUCUACCAAGUGUAUGCCCUCCUCCUUCUGCUUUCUUGGGCCCAAAAUGUGCACUUUGGGACUGUCCAAGGCCUGCGCAAGGGUUGGACUGGUGUCAAGACUAUUGCAGUAGCUUUCACGCUGCUCUAGCUUUGAAUGAAGGGCCACCAGGUAUGGCCCCAGUUCUACGACCUGGGGGCAUCGGUUUAAAGGAUAAUUUACUUUUUUCUGCUCUUAGUGCAAAGGCGCAAGGAAAAGAUGUUGGCAUCCCAGAAUGUGAGGGAGCAGCAACUGCAAAGUCUCCAUGGAAUGCGCCUGAGCUGUUUGAUCUUUCUGUUCUUGAGGGUGAGACUAUUAGGGAAUGGCUCUUUUUCGACAAGCCUCGAAGAGCUUUUGAAAGUGGAAACAGAAAGCAGAGAUCAUUGCCAGAUUACAGUGGACGCGGUUGGCAUGAAUCUAGAAAGCAAGUUAUCAAUGAAUUUGGAGGUCUGAAGAGAUCCUACUAUAUGGAUCCACAACCACUGAACCAUUUUGAAUGGCACCUUUACGAAUAUGAGAUUAGCAAGUGUGAUGCAUGUGCCUUAUACCGUUUAGAACUAAAGCUUGUUGAUGGAAAGAAGAACUCGAAGGCAAAAGUAACAAAUGAUUCAGUUGCUGAUCUACAGAAGCAGAUGGUAAAGCUCUCUGCUGAGUUUCCGCCUGAUAACAAAAGGCCCGCCAAAGGAAGAGCUAAGAUUAAUGCCAAAGUUAGCAUGGGUGGUGUCUAUUCAGCUUCAAACAGAGUGACCCCACUAAAUGGAACAUACGAAUAUGGGUUAGCUGCACCAUAUGACUAUCUUGUUGAGAACAUGGGCGAUUAUUACGGGACAUGAUCUACCUUGGAGUGAUGUGCAACAUGCUUAUACAUUAUUCUGUGCUGCUUCUUUUUUGUUUUGGCCUCCACUAUCUGCUUUGCUAUUUCUCCCUUCCCCUAGUAACAAGAAUCCAAGGCCAUUUUUGUUGCCUUGUCAAGAUAUUGUGAAUAGCUCAUUCUCAUUGGAGUACAUCAUUGGAAGCUGCUGGAUGCUGGAUUCUAACUUUAAACUUACAGCAAUUGCUGUAUGUCAUUUAUGAUUAGCAAUUCGUUAGAUGCUAGAAUCUAAUUAGCAUCAUCGGAAUUGCCCUGCUGUUUAGGCUCUAUAUUUGUGGUUCAGCUUUGACUAUAUUUCAUUUUCCAAAUUAUGCUAAUGUAAGUCAUAUGCACUAUUUUGUGGUAGUAGCCGCAGGACAAACCACAGGUACAUAGUAUUGGCCGUGUAAUAAAUUGUUUCAGUUUCCUUUUGAGUAAUUUUUGUAUGAUUCAGGGCAUCUUUGAAGCCAUCAGUGAUAUGAGCUGCCUUGUGCUGGAUGAAUUCCCUUUCUGGUUGAAGUUGUUAUCUUCUUUGAGAUUUUUGUUCUUUAUGAAAUCAUGCCACCACAAGGUUUAUUCUUUA